GGUGCAUCCGGGACGAGCCUCCGGAGACCCUGAGGGAUAGGUAAACCCGGCGAUUAGCCGGCGGGAUGCUCGGCCAGCGAGGUCUGGGGCCCUGGCACGGAGCUCUCCGGCCGCCGGCCAGGCUUGUGCUUUCCCGGCCCGCACCAGUGGUCUUGGAGCCCCGGCCCACUUCCCCCAACCCAGCCGUGGCCUGCUCCCCAGACUUCGCAGCACCGUUCUCGGAGCUGACUGUCCGCGGGGAGGCCUCCUGUCCGCAGUAGGUCCUGGCGGCUGGACCCCGAGGGAGGCGCGCUUGUUGCAAACACGCCAGGAGGGGUUUGUGUUUUGUUGGUGUGUGUUGUGAAUAAGGAAAAUGCUCUUCGUUAAGCCAUAUUUGUGACUUCCGAUAUUUCACUAAUACUUUUCAGUCAAGAGAACAGCAUUGCUAACUUGCCUGUCACUUUAAAGUGGUAUUUGAAGGAUAUGUGUGACUCAAUUAUGACUUUUUAAUUAGGCACCCUAAAAACCUGAUCAGGCCUAUUGCUUACUUUCUUUGAUUCAUCUGUCUUCUCUGCUGUGAUCACCUUGUUCCUCCUGAUAUGGAAGGUAUAAUAAAACGGAAUUGGGAAUAUAUAUGUAACCAUAAUAAAGAAAAAACGAAGAUCCUAGGAGACAAAAAUGUUGAUCCCAAAUGUGAAGACAGUGAGAACAAGUUUGACUUUUCAGUGAUGUCCUAUAAUAUACUUUCACAAGAUUUAUUGGAAGAUAACUCACAUCUCUACAGACAUUGCCGGCGGCCAGUAUUACACUGGAGUUUUAGGUUUCCCAAUAUUCUGAAAGAAAUUAAACACUUUGAUGCAGAUGUACUUUGUUUGCAAGAAGUUCAAGAAGAUCAUUAUGGAACAGAGAUCAGGCCAAGUUUGGAAUCACUGGGUUAUCACUGUGAAUAUAAGAUGCGGACAGGAAAGAAACCUGAUGGCUGUGCUAUUUGCUUCAAACAUUCCAAAUUUUCACUCUUAUCAGUGAACCCAGUGGAAUUCUACCGCCCUGAUAUUCCUCUGUUGGACAGAGACAAUGUUGGAUUAGUUUUACUCUUACAGCCCAAAAUCCCAUAUGCUGCCUCUCCUGCGAUCUGUGUGGCUAAUACACAUUUAUUGUAUAAUCCAAGGCGAGGUGAUAUAAAGUUAACCCAACUGGCAAUGCUACUGGCAGAGAUUUCGAGUGUUGCCCAUCAGAAAGAUGGCAGCUUCUGUCCUAUUGUUAUGUGUGGUGACUUUAAUUCUGUUCCUGGUUCUCCACUCUAUAGUUUCAUAAAGGAAGGAAAAUUGAAUUAUGAAGGACUUGCCAUAGGAAAGGUAUCUGGCCAGGAACAGUCUUCACGGGGACAAAGAAUUUUAUCUAUUCCAAUUUGGCCCCCAAACCUAGGUAUCUCACAGAACUGUGUGUAUGAGGUACAGCAGGUACCAAAAGUAGAAAAGACAGACAGUGAUCUGACACAAACAGAGCUGAAGAAAACAGAGGUCCUAGUGACAGCUGAAAAAUUAUCUUCAAAUUUACAGCACCAUUUCAGCUUGUCAUCUGUUUAUUCACAUUACUCUCCUGACACUGGAAUUCCAGAAGUGACCACUUGUCAUUCCCGAAGUGCCAUAACUGUGGAUUAUAUUUUCUACUCUGCAGAAAAGGAAGAUAUUGCUGGGCUCCCAGGAGCUGAAGUUGCUUUGGUUGGUGGCUUGAAACUUCUAGCUAGACUGUCACUUCUUACAGAACAAGAUUUAUGGACUGUUAAUGGACUUCCAAAUGAAAAUAACUCUUCAGAUCAUCUGCCUUUAUUGGCUAAGUUCAGACUUGAGCUCUGACUCUUCUUUGAUUGCAUACAAAAUUUUCUUUCUAAUUUGUAUUGUUUUUCAAAGAAUGUAAAAUUCUUAAGUGUUUGCAUGUUGUUUAUUUUUGUGCCGUGGAAUUUCUGAAGAGGUUAUGUUAGAUGCUUUGAAACAUAUCAGAAGAAACGAGUUUAUAAGAAUUUUCUUUCUUAAUAAUGAAAGAUAUUUUCCUGACAA